UAGCUUAGCUUAGCUCACUGGAAGCGUAACUCCAUGUAAAAACAGGAACAACAUAUUUCUGUGUCUUUUUAUCCACAGCCGCGACGACACAAAAACGAACACACACUUGCUUCUCUCAACUUCUUAAUCCUAAAUAUACAAUGAAAGCCGGCGGUGGAUUGGUGUUCGGAGUUCCACGCGCCGCCGCUCUUCCUACGUUUCUCCUCCGUCGCCGCCGUUCCACAUUCCGAUGCUACUCUUCAUCUUCAUCUUCAUCUUCUGAUCAUGUUUCUUUUAUAAAGGAUGUGGCCGCAGCUCAGCCUCCUGAGCACCUGCAUCAUCUUCUAAAGAUGCUUCAGGUGAGAGGUGAAUCUGUAAUAUCCCCUGCCAUGAAGCAAGGGAUGAUCCCCCUUGCAAUCCCUCUAUCCAAAAACAACCUCGGUUCUGUAACCGCAUUGUUGAGAUGGCCUACGGCUCCACCCGGGAUGGAGAUGCCGGUGGUGGAGGUCCGUAGUUAUGGCGUGUGGCUUUUGGCUAAGACUGUAGACCAAUAUAUUCACAGAAUACUAGUAGAGGAAGAUGCUAAAGGUUCCUCCGCUGAAGGCGUAGACCAGAUAUUUGAAGCUUCGGGUGUAGCUGGUGAAAAACUAUACACAAGGGGAGAUUUUGCAAAAUCUGCCAAUUCGAAUAUAGACGUGUACCUUCUCCAGAAGGUUGGUCUAUUCCCAGACAUCUUGGAACGUAAAGUGCAGAACCAUUUCAAGAAAGGAGAUCAUGUUUCAGCCAUGGUGACUGGAGAAUUCUAUACAAAAAAGGAUCAUUUUCCUGGAUUCGGACGACCUUUUGUCUUUAACGCAGAGGUUUUGCUCAAGGUUGGGCGCAACCCAGAAGCGAAAGAUGCUGCAAGAGGGGCGUUGAAGUCACCAUGGUGGACUUUAGGUUGUCCAUACCAGGAAGUUGCUGAGAUAGCUGAAUGGGAUGACGAACAGAUUGAAUUUAUUAAGGAAAAGGUGUCGGAGCAGGGAAAGCAAGAAGAUUUGAUGAAAGGGAAGGAUGCUGCUCAGAUUUCAUUAGAUGAAGCUGCUUUUCUGCUGGACUUAGCGUCAAUUGAAGGGACGUGGGAUGAACAGCUGGAACGGAUUGCUGAAUGUUACGAGGAGGCUGGGCUCCCGGAAAUUGCUAAAUUUGUCAAAUACAGAGAAUGAUAUAGCAUUCAAUGAACACACCGAGGAUCGAUCAAUGCUACCCAGAAAUAGAUGUCUUGUUUUUUUCACAUAUACCUGAUUGUGCAAAUGCACACAAAUUCAGAUUGUCGAAAUGUAAGACGAAAAACAUUUGUUCUUUGCUUUUUUUAUUAUUAGUAUGCAUGUGACGGUGUACGUCUUGUUGAGAUUAUAAUUGACAAAAAUAAACACUUCUAAAGAAACUUAAA